AUGGCGGAGUCAACAAGCGCGAUGGCUGAUUUAGAUUGGGAUGCGAUUUUCGAGAUAGAUUUUGUGGAGGAAAGCGGUAGUGAAGGCGAAAAUUCAGACAGCGAAGACGACGGGUUACCAAUUAAUGAAGGUAUGUUAUUUCCUAUUGUCAAACUUGCUGUUGUUUAGGCGAAAAAUUGUCAAAAUUUGUCUUGACUAGUUUCCCCACGAAAACUCUUACAGUAUAUAUUUGAUCAUUCUUUUGAGAAAAACUGAAAAAGUAUAAUACUGUAUACAACACUUAUUAUAAUACUCAUACUGAAUAGUUUUACUAAAAUUGUAGUACUGUAGUUCGUACAUUUGGUUAUAAAAUUGCUAUGUUAUAUUGAACUUUAGAUGAGGAAUUUGAGGAACAACAACAAGCAUCAAAUAAGAAACCCCUUCAAGUCAAUGUUGUGGAGGAUAUUAAAGCGACAUCAAGUGAUAAAGCAAAAAAGACACCAAAACGUUUCGGUAAAAUGUUUAAAUGAAAUUAUUUGGUCAUUCAUUAAACUAUAUGUCUAUAUGGGGGUGUUCAGAAUGGGGGACCUCGUAGAUCCACACAUAGCAAAGGCCAGAAUCCAGACUGGAAAGUAAAAGGACCCAUGCCGGACAUGCCACUUUUGGCAUCCACUUUGGCAUACAUUUCUUUAAAAAAAAAAUCAAAUUAUAUAAAUUUGGCCUUAAUUUUAUGCAUCAUUUUCCUCAUUUUUUAUUAAUAUAAAGUCGGCAUACAUUUAAAGGUUCUGAAUUACUGCCUGGUGUAGAAAAAAAUACUUUCCAGUCUUGGCCGCUCUUGACCACUCCGUAUUACUCCUAUCGAGAACAAGAGUUUUUAUAAUUCCAAUCUUAAAACCGAUCCAUGCACGGCCAAGUGAUUUUAUAUUUUGGAAGUUUCUAACCCUGAAGAAUUCAUUACUGUACUCCUAAAGAAGUCACAAACAAAAUAGCCGUAAACCUCCAACUAUAAGCCCUUGGCUUAUAUACUUUCAUAAGCGAUUUUUGAUGGGCUUAUACAAGGGGGGGCUUAUAUAGGGGGGGGGGCUAAUACAUGGAUGAUCUUUUGUGUUUAGUAAGGCCAAAAAAAAAUAUGUGGGUUUCCGGUUUCUUCAUAUAAAAACUUAGGUAGGGUAGGUCGGUUUUAACUUUUUUUUAAAACUUUUUUUUAAUUUUCCGAACAAGCGGACGCCAUUUUGUUUAGUCAGUGCUUCCACUUCCAAAGAUAAAUUUUCCUAAUAUUGCUUCAAAUUUCAAUUUUCCACAAACUUUUUCCUCUAAGUGGAAACACUUACAAGCAUGAUCCAAUAAAAAAGUUUAGGAUCGGGAUUUCGACGUCCAAAAGCUAGGUAGGGUCGGGAAACCGGAAACCCACAUAUUUUUUUUUUUUGCCUAACAAACAAGUCAGACAUAAACAAGUCAGUCAUAAACAGGAAAAUAAACAUGUGUUAAUAAUGGGUCAUUCCAGAAAACAUCCAUACCGCCCCCACGGAGGAAAUUGGAAGUUAACCAGAUGCCAGAAAGUUGCCAACCACUCAGCGCGAUAGAAUGUGGAGGGCAUUUCAUGCCUUGUGUUCCAGUCGUGAUUUUGUUGUGGAAUGCGAGCUUUUCCUUUAUCCUGCUCUUUUACAGGAUGCUACCUGCAGGCUUUUCAAUCAAUCUUUUGUGACCAGAUUGUUUGAAAAUAUUAUUUUGUUCAAAACCACAGUUGUCCCAACUACUGUCGCUGGUAGUCAAUCUGAAGAGAUAGAGAUGACGGUUGUGGAGGAGAACAUUUUAAGAUAUGCUGUGGGUUUUGUUCCUUUCUCUCUGAAAAAACAGUGUUCAAAGAGAAAGACCAGGACUGAUGAGUUCAGGCAAAAAAUGAAAUGUUUAAGUGCACUAGGUGUUGAUGACGAAUUGGAAAAAUCCCAAACAUUCUUGGAGUAUACCAGAAGUUGGAUAGAGAAACAAAAUCGGGGGGGUUUGUUUCAAUUGAACGAUGCUGGGUAUCUGUUCUUUAGAGCAGUGGAACGUCACUGUAGGAAGUUCCUCCAGCAAACAUGCGUGCCUAACAAUGGUUCUUCAGACAUCCGGGAACUUGUUUUGAAGGAUAUUUACAACGACAACGUUGCUUUACAACAUUGGGCACAUGCAACGGCAGGGCAGCCUUCAUCUGUAUCUCUUCAAGUCCUACAAAUGUGUGUCAAGUUGUGGGUGACCAUCAGAGGGCAUGCGUUCGCAGCCAACUGGGUUGAAAAAUUUAAACAGUCGCAAUGUGCUGGAAAAAAGAAAGCACUAAGGAAGGAUCUGAAAGAUCUAUUAGAUCUGAAAGAUUAUAACAGUGUUAAGGCAUGGACGAAACACGCAACAUCUUUUUAUAACGAAUAA